CGUCGGUAGCGGAGAAGAUGGCAGAGCGGCAACAGAAACACGAAGGCAGGGUAAAGAUCGGCCACUACAUCCUCGGUGACACGCUUGGAGUCGGGACAUUUGGGAAAGUGAAGAUUGGAGAGCAUCAGUUAACGGGUCAUAAAGUGGCUGUGAAGAUUCUUAAUAGACACAAGAUACGCAGCCUGGAUGUCGUGGGGAAGAUUAAGCGGGAGAUCCAGAAUCUCAAACUGUUCAGGCACCCACACAUCAUCAAACUGUACCAGGUGAUAAGUACGCCCACAGAUUUCUUCAUGGUGAUGGAGUAUGUGUCCGGAGGCGAGCUGUUUGAUUACAUCUGCAAACAUGGACGGGUAAGACAUUUCAUCUGUUUGUUCAGAAGCAGGCCCCCUGGCAUCCGUGUCACCAUGCACUUGCUACCAGUGGAGGACACUGAGGCUCGCCGUCUUUUCCAGCAGAUAAUUUCAGCAGUAGACUACUGCCACAGACACAUGGUGGUCCACAGAGACCUCAAACCUGAGAAUGUCCUGCUGGACGCCAGCAAGAAUGCCAAGAUAGCUGACUUUGGACUGUCAAACAUGAUGUCAGAUGGGGAAUUCUUGAGGACGAGCUGUGGUUCACCAAACUAUGCCGCUCCUGAGGUCAUCUCAGGAAGGCUGUAUGCAGGCCCGGAGGUGGACAUCUGGAGCUGUGGGGUGAUCUUGUAUGCCCUGCUGUGCGGUACUCUACCCUUUGAUGAUGAGCAUGUUCCUACACUGUUUAAGAAGAUCAGAGGAGGGGUAUUCUACAUCCCAGAGUACCUGACUCGCUCUGUGGCGUCACUGCUGAUGUUCAUGCUGCAGGUGGACCCUCUGAAGAGAGCAACCAUCAAAGACAUCAGGGAGCAUGAGUGGUUCAAACACGACCUGCCGGGGUACCUGUUCCCUGAAGACCCAUCAUAUGACACUACAGUCCUGGAUGAAGAGGCUGUCAGGGAGGUGUGUGAGAAGUUUGAAAGCACCGAGUCUGAAGUUGUGUCCAGCCUGUACAGCGGCGACCCCCAGGAUCAGCUAGCGGUAGCCUACCACCUGAUUAUAGACAAUCGGCGCAUCAUGACCCAGGCCAGCGAGUUCUACUUAGCCUCCAGCCCUCCCCAAGGCUCUUUUAUAGAAGAUGGCAUGCCUCUUCCCCCUGGGAUCAAACCCCACCCUGAGAGGAUGCCCCCACUCCUGGCUGACAGCCCCAAGUCCCGGUGCUCUCUCGAUGCUCUCAACACCACCCGACCAAAACCUUUGGCAGUAAAGAAAGCAAAGUGGCACCUUGGUAUUAGGAGCCAGAGCAGGCCCUAUGACAUCAUGGCUGAAGUUUACAGGGCAAUGAGACAACUUAACUUUGAUUGGAAGGUGGUGAACCCAUAUCACCUGCGUGUGAGGAGGAAGAAUCCUGUAACAGGCAACCUGGUGAAGAUGAGCCUACAGCUCUACCAAGUGGACAACAGAUCCUAUCUCCUCGACUUCAAGAGCAUUGAUGAUGACAUCAUUGAAGCGGUGGGCUUCAAAUCGGGUUCUUCUACCCCGCAGAGGUCAGGCUCCGCAGCUGGCCUACACAGACCCAGACUGAGCAUUGACUCGGCAAGCCCCGCCAUGGACCUGCCCCAGCUCAGCUCCUCUCUCCCUGGGUCCCUGUCAGGCAGCUCCCCCUUGCUUUCCCCACGCCAGGGAUCACACACCAUGGACUUCUUUGAGAUGUGUGCUAGCCUGAUCACCACACUGGCACGCUGA